AUAUGAAGAAAGAUGAUUCCGAUUAAAGAUAAUCAAGACGUAGCUUGUUAUUUAGUCACUAAACAUUCGACAUGGAAGGGAAAAUACAAACGUAUCUUUUCUGUCGGAACCAUGGGCAUUACAACAUACAACCCAAAUACUCUAGAAGUAACCAACAGAUGGGUUUAUAGUGAUUUUAUAUCAUUAACAGCAUUACGACCAACAACCAAUGAAUUUCAAAUUGCUAUUAGAAAGGAAAAAGGAAAAAUAGAUAAUAUGAGAUUUUCCACUGAUAAUAGAGUGGAUUUGAUCACACAAGCAUUAAAAUUUAGGCAUAAUUUUGCUGAAAAAUCAAAGGAAGUGAUGCGUUAUCAUGCUUACAAACAUCAUUGGUCAGAUACAAGAUUGCCAGUAGUUUUAGAAGUUACACCAUAUUCUCUUGAUCAAUUAGAUGCCACAACUAAUCAUGUUUUAUCAAGCUACUGCUAUAAAGAUUUUGAAGGAAUUUGCAUGAUAUCAGAUUAUUCAGGUGGUUUCGUAAUUGUUUGUGGUGGUUUUGGUAGAUUGCAUCUUUUUCAAGCUCAAAACUGUGAUGAAAUUAAGCAAAAAAUCUUAGAGAAUGCCACUUCUUAUUUAGGAAUUAAUAUAAAAGUUUUAAGUAAACCAAUUACAUUAGAAGAUUUUCAAAACCAAAGGUUUGGGAAGUUCAGUGAUGAUGAACAUUUAACAUCUGUAUCUGAGUUUCCUGUUUACAAAAUUCGCAAAGCAAGACACUCAGAACCAGUUAGAAGAAUAUUAUGUCUUUCGGAAACAUGUUUACUAGAAAGAGAUCCCCAAACAUACAGCAUUUGUACUUUAAGGCCAUUAGGAGAAAUUUUUGCAUUGGUGAGAAAUAAUGAGAACUUACAGCUAUUUGAUAUUGAGUAUUUCAAUGGUGUUGUUCGAUCAUACACUACCACUGAUAGAGAUUCAUUAUUAGCUUCUUUACUUGAUGGUGUUAGAGCUUCUGGCAACAGAGAUGUGCAUGUAAAAAUGGUUCCAAUUGAAAGAGGACUUAGACUAGGUCCUUUGAACAUGCCAGUUGAUGAAGAAGCAGAGAGUCUUCACUUAAAAUUCUUGCAAAAUCCUCCAAUUCGUUGUUCUUUUUCUGAAUGUGUUAGAAGGUUUAAUGCUAAUGUUCCUUAUAGCGGCUUAUUGUACAGUGUCACGCAAGAGGGAAUUUUCACUGAAAAUAAAGAGAAGCUUAUCAUGAAUUCGUUACAAGCUUUGGUACAAAAGGAAGGUGACCAAAAAGCAAUUACGUCCGUUGAAUUAGAAGCUCAGUUUCAGGCUUUAAGAAGACUGGUUGCUAGUAAAGUCGGCUAUGCAGCAUUCACUGUGCUACCUGGGUUUCGAGAAGCAGUUGGAAUCAAAGUUGUUACAGCUUUAAGAAGAAACGAUCAAGGUGUUACUCACGCUGCUAUUGACAUGAUAUGUACCUUAAUGCACCCAAUGCAUGACAAUUUUGAUCUUAGGCAAGAACAAAUGAAUAAAUCGUCCCUUUUACAGUCCAAAAGUUUUUUAGAAAGCCUUUUGAAUAUGUGGGUUACCCAUAUUUCGCAUGGCACAGGAGCACUAGUAGUUUCUGCAAUGUUAGAUUUUUUAACAUUUGCCUUGUGUGUUCCAUACAGUGAAACAACAGAUGGGAAGCAAUUUGAUGUGCUUUUAGAAAUGGUUGCUAGUAGGGGACGUACUGUAUUCAGAUUGUUUCAGCAUCCUUCAAUGGCAAUAGUUAAAGGGGCAGGUUUAGUUAUGAGAGCACUGAUUGAAGAAGGUGAAGAAGAAGUUGCAGCACGUAUGCAAAAUCUUGCCUUAGCUGAAGGGGCUUUACCUCGUCAUCUUUUGUCUGCGUUAUAUACCCAAGGAUGCGAUGGUCGUCUUUUGACUCACAGGCAGUUAUCCAGACAUCUUGUAGGUCUUUGGGUGACCGGAAAUCCAACAGCGAUGGGCCUACUUAAAAGAAUAAUGCCUGUUGGACUUAUAAAUUAUUUAGAUUCCCUUGAUAUUGUUCCAAAGGAUGCACUAGAACAAGAGAUGCUAAACCAUCGAGAUAAUUUAAAGAUAGCACAGGACCACGCAAAUAAAAGCAAGAGAAAUCCUAACUGGGUUAUGGUAGAAAGGAAACUGAAAUUUGUUGAAAAACAAGUUGAACAUUACACUACUUUAGCAUUGCAACAUUGGGGGGCUAGAACUGGAAUCUCAAUCGAAAGAAAAGAAAAGGUUAAGGAAAGACCUAUUGUUUUAAGGAGGCGAAGAGAAAGAAUUAAGGCUGAGGCAAACUGGGCGUAUUUUUAUUGGAAAUUUAAUCAAGAUCAAGCGUUACCCAACCUGAUUUGGAAUCAUAAAACAAGAGAAGAAUUACGUAGUGCCUUGGAUAAUGAGAUCAGGACGUUCCAGUCUGACCAGGAACUGGCAGGAUCAACUCUUGUUGCUUGGAACUAUCAGGAAUUCGAAGUUCAAUAUCAGUGUCUAGCUGAUGAAAUCAAAAUAGGUGACUAUUAUCUAAGACUGCUCCUUGAGAUGGAAGACAAUGAUAAUUCUCCCAUCAGGAAAUCUUACAUUUUCUUCAAUGAUCUAUACCACAGAUUUUUACUUACAACAAAAGUGGAAAUGAAAUGUAUGUGUUUACAAGCGAUGUCUAUAGUUUAUGGGCGAUAUUAUGAAGAUAUUGGCCAAUUUAGUGAUACUAAAUAUAUAAUUACGAUGUUAGAUAGGUGUCAUGAUAAGAUGGAACGCGAUCGAUUAAUAAUAUUUAUUAGUAAGUUGAUUAAGCAUCCUAGGAAUGUACGAGACUUGUUAGAUGCGGGUGGUAUUAGAGUCCUGGUGGAUCUGAUUACUCUUGCGCAUUUACACACAUCCCGAGCUGUGAUAAGAACGCAAACAAAUGUGAUAGAAGCUGGGCCAAAUAUGCAACAAGUUCAGGAAAAAGAAUGGUACUAUAAUAGCGAAGAAGGGGGCAGAAAAGGACCUGUAAACUUUCAAGAAAUGGCAGAACUGUACAAUAAAGGUGUUAUAAAUCCAAGAACUCGCGUUUGGGUAAUGGGUUUAGAUAAUUGGCGAGUAGUUGCACAAGUACCUCAAUUAAAAUGGUGUCUACUUGCUAAAGGAAGCCCUGUAUUUAAUGAAACUGAACUUGCAAUACUUAUUCUAAAUAUUUUAAUAACCAUGUGCGAAUAUUAUCCUAGCAGGGAUCAGGAUAAUGCCAUUAUAAGACCAGUUCCAAAGGUGAAAAGAUUACUUUCUGAGUCGUUUUGUUUAGGACAUAUUGUUCAGCUGUUACUUACUUUUGAUCCUAUAUUAGUAGAGAAAGUAGCCACUCUUCUCUGUGAAAUUAUGAAAGAUAAUCCAGAAAUAUCAAAGCUGUAUUUGACUGGUGUCUUUUUUUUUAUACUGAUGUACACUGGUAGCAAUGUCUUGCCAAUAGCCAGAUUUCUUCAACUAACUCAUAUGAAACAAGCAUUCAAAGCAGAUGAUUCGGCCAUAUCAGAUAUUAUGCAAAGAAGUAUCCUUGGACAACUGUUACCUGAAGCUAUGGUCAACUAUUUGGAGAAUCACGGUGCUGAGAAGUUUGCUCAGAUAUUUUUAGGGGAAUUUGACACUCCUGAAGCCAUUUGGAAUGCUGAAAUGAGACGAAUGUUAAUCGAGAAAAUAGCAGCUCAUAUUGCCGACUUCACCCCAAGGUUGCGUAGUAAUAUUUUAGCCCGCUAUCAUUAUCUUGCAAUUCCAGCCGUUCGUUAUCCACAAUUGGAACGAGAACUGUUUUGUAAUAUAUUUUAUCUUAGACAUCUUUGUGAUUCAACAAGAUUUCCUGAUUGGCCUAUUUCUGAUCCAGUCAAGCUACUUAAAGAUGUUUUGGAAGCAUGGAAAUAUGAAGUGGAGAAAAAACCGCCUACAAUGACUGUUGAAGAAGCAUAUAAAUGUUUAGGACUUAAAGGAAACGAUCACGAAGAAGCAACUAUACGAAAAGCUUAUUAUAAAUUGGCUCAACAAUAUCACCCUGAUAAAAAUCCCAAUGGAAGAGAGAUUUUCGAAGCAGUCAACCAAGCCUACGAAUUUCUUUGCAGCAGAAGUUCUUGGAAUGCAGAUGGUCCUAAUGCAAACAAUAUUGUGCUUGUAUUAAAGACCCAGAGCAUUUUGUUUCAUCGUUAUUCAGAAGAUUUGCAUCCUUACAAAUAUGCUGGAUAUCCUCAACUAAUGAAGACUAUACAAAUGGAAACAGCAGAUGAAAAAUUAUUCUCGAAAAAAGACCCUUUACUUGCCUCAGCCACGGAGUUGGCUUAUCAUACAGUCAAUUGCUCAGCACUAAAUGCAGAAGAACUUAGAAGAGAAAAUGGAUUAGAGAUUUUAUUGACAGCUUAUUCUCGUUGUGUGAGCGUUCUUAAUAAAUCUUCUAAACAACAGGACACUUGUGUUCAAGUAUGUGAACACAUCACUAAAUGUUACACAGUAUCAGCACAAUUUGUUGCAUGCAGAGAAAAGAUGAUCGAUUUGCCUCAGCUUGUCAAAGAUUUGUGUAGAAUUAUUUAUUUUAAGCAUCUUAUAAAGUUGUGUUUCAAUGUAACGGAAUGCAUAUGCGCCUUAAGCAAGGACCCCAUUCUACAAAUGCAACUUUUGAAAGGCGGAGCUCUAUGGCAUCUGCUAUUCGUAAUGUUCAACUACGAUUUCACACUAGACGAAGGUGGUGUAGAACGUAACGAGGAGAGCAAUCAACAGGAAAUAGCUAACCGUUUAGCCAAAGAAUCUAUUAGGGCUUGUGUUAGAUUAGGUGGUUAUGGUCAGGGAGAAGAGGAGACUCCACACAAUCCUUUAACUAGAUCUAUUCUUGAAGCUUUACUCACCCCUUACAUUGCUAAUCAAUUGGGAACUGAAAAGCCUGAACGUAUUUUGAAAACUUUAAAUAGUAAUUCAGAAACUCCGUAUCUUAUCUGGGACAAUAGUACAAGGGCUGAGUUGUUGGAAUUUUUGGAAUCUCACUGUCAAUCUCGUGAAUCAUCUGAUUUAACAAUAGAAGAUAAAAUAUCCUACACUGCCCAUAAGGGAGAAUUGAAAGUCGGGAAUGUGUUUAUCCGUAUAUAUAAUGAACAACCAACUUACCCUCUACAGGAUGCUAAAGGGUUUGUCCUGGAUUUGUUAAAUUUUCUCCAAGAGCAAUUCCAAUAUGUUCGAGCUUUGGAAAACAUUGCCUUCUCUUUAACCAUAGAAGAUCGUCUAAAGCAUACAGUUAUGUGCUUGGAAUCUCUCCGAAACGUCAUCAAAAACAACCCUGGCACCGAAAUGCAAUGUAUAGGUAAAUUCGACUUACUCUACGGUUUCCUCACUGUCUCCAACCCCGCCAUACAGAAGGAGGCACUUAAUGUCAUCUCCGUCGUAACGCGUAGCAACGAGUGCGUGAAUGAUAUCGCUGGAUCCGAAAUCUUAGGACACCUACUACUCUCUCUUUACUCUAUUCAAGACAAGCAGAUGGAGGUACUGGAAACAUUAUUCGCCCUCAUGUCUACCACAAAAAUAGUCAAAGAGGCAUUAAAUAAGGGUGCGGUGGUGUAUUUACUUGAUUUAUUCUGUAAUUCUAAUGUCACGCAAGUACGAGAGAUGUGUGCAGACAUUUUAGCCAAAAUGAGUGCUGAUAAGUUAGUGGGUCCACGCGUACGACUCGCAAUGUCUGCAUUCUUGCCCCCAAUUUUUGCUGAUGCGAUGCGUGACAAUCCAGAAGCUUGCGUGCAUAUGUUCGAGUCCGCCCACGAACAUCCGGAACUUAUUUGGGAUCAAGAGGCCAAAGAUCGGGUUUGCAACAGUAUUGCAAGGCUUAGAAAAGAGCAUCAAUCGGUUCAAAUUCAAAAUCCAAAUAUUUCAUGGAAAUUGCCAGAUAAUAACGGUCUAUCAAACUUCGCAACACCAAAUGAAAUAAUGGUAGGCGGUGUGUACUUGAGAAUAUUCGUAUCCAACCCAUCCUGGACUUUACGUCGACCCAAAGAAUUCCUUAAAGAACUAAUUGAAACUUGUCUUACACACAUGUCAAAAGAAAAACCAAAUUUGGAAUUAUUGGAUUUGGGAACAACAGCUUUAUGUGCCUUAUUACAAGCCCAACCCAAUCUUCUCGAUCUUAUUCCUUCCAUGGGACAUAUACCAAGACUAUGUGAACAACUUGGAGCCAACACAAAGCAAAUUCUUAUUUAUAAAUCUGCUAUUCUUAUAUUGCACACUCUUUCUUUGAGUUCGGUUUGUAUUUAUUCAUUGUCACAAACGAACUGCAUGCAUCCACUAAAACACGCAAUGCAAAUGAGGCGUGAUAUGGUCGGGGUUGGUUGCGAAACUCUUAAUCGAAUAUUUUCUGCGAAUCAAGAGCCCUUAGUAAGACAGGCCCUCGAAGCGGAACUGGUUCAGUAUUUAUUAGGACUUUUAGAAACUCGAUUGGAAUUGAUUGAAAAUCCAGCCAUGACAAAAGCGCAGAUUGUUAAAGCUUUGAAAUCUAUGAGCAAAAGUACCAUGUAUGGAGAAAGAGUCAGUGCCAUUCUGGACAAAAGUUCGGUAUGGGCCGAUUACAAAGACCAAAAACAUGAUUUAUUCAUUUCAAAUACAUCUACAGCUGGGUAUCUUACAGGAACCCCAGCCUCAGCAGGAUAUCUUACUCAAGGAACGAGUGCAAAGGUAAUGACGGCUCCUCCUCCUGUUGACAGGGAAGAGACGGUUAUAAAACCAGAUGUGCUGUGA